UUCACGUUCGGCACGCUCCGAGUACUCUUCGUAUCGACCUAGGUCGGUCACGAGUGCCUCGCCUCUUGCUGGACUUGGAUUGGCGGCGUGUAUUGUUUGUUUGGCUGUGUUAGCGCCGCUAGCGGCCUGCAUCCCUUACAGGCAUUACACCACGCCCUAUUAUUUUGUAUUGUGGGUUUCGUUUUAUCUUACACAUAAUCCCCGUUACACGUUGGCUUCCCAACGUGUGGCCUUCUUCAGCUUUCAAUUUUAAUCCAAUCUGGUUUAGAUUAUCUUUUUAUACCCACGUAACUUUUUAUACUCGUUUAAUUAGUUGUUUGUCUCAUUAUAGUUUUGGUCCAUUUACCCACUAUUAUUUUUUUUUGUACACUUAGUUACUUUAAUGAGCGUUAUUGUUUUGAUUAUUUCACAAUCGUUAGCUUCACGCUAGCAUCCUUAGGGUUAGGCAGUAUUUUGUAUUUUUCUGGUUACUUUUACUUAAUAUCUUCACGCUAGCAUCCUUAGGGGUAGGCAGUAUUGUACUUAGUAUUUGAGAGUAGUUAACAAUAUUUACCUAUUUAAAAUAUUAUCUAGGCGUAACCGUAGGAAGUUAGGUAGCAAAAUGGCAAACGUUAGCUUCUCUGACGACCAGUUUCGCGACCUUUUAGGGGUCUUGGCCAGCCGAAAUGAUCAGGUCCUACAAAAAUCUGGUAGCUUUGCGUCAUGCACUGGUAGCUUUGCGUCAUGCACUGCUCGCUUCGAUGGAUCUCGGAAUACUGCAGUGGUUGAAGCAUUCUUAUCAACCAUCAGUACAUAUAAGAAGAUCGAGGCAUUAAGCAAUGACAACGCCAUUGAAGGCCUUACAUUGCUACUGAUUGGGGAGGCAUCUAUCUGGUGGUUAGGCGUGAAAGACACAAUAACGAGCUGGCAGGAAGCCGUGUCCUUGAUAAGGUCAACGUUUGCACCGAAGAGACCAGCUUAUCUGGUAUAUGAUGAAAUUGUCUGCGAUAAGCAACAGAGUCCUGUGGGUACGGAAUUAUUCGUUGCCAAGAAACGUGCACUUAUGGAAGAGUUGCCCAAACCUUCGCUCACUCCAUCCCAAGGCCUGGAUCUCUUGUAUACUUCUUUGCAUAUAAGUUUUAGAGACAGAAUACCAAGAGAUUCCAUUGCGACGUUUGAAGAAUUUUUGUCGAAGGUACGUCAACUCGAAGAGACUGUCGCCGCACGAUCAAUGUCGAGCAAUACUUCUGCAUCGUCAGCAGGGAGACGACUCAGAUGUACCUUCUGCCGUGCUUAUGGCCACAACGAACGGGAGUGUCGAAAGAAAACCGCAAAGCAAGGCAAGGAUAAGACUGCAAGGACAAAUGCUACGGCAACUCCAGCUGCCUCUAAGCCGACGCCUGGGCACAAAAUUACUUGCUACGGUUGUGGCGAACCAGGUGUAGUCAGGAGUAAAUGUCCAAAGUGCAACAAGAGUAAUGUUGGCGCUGUGGACAUUGGAUUUUAUUAGCUCAAUUGCAACUCGGCAUCAGCAGCACGACUAUUAAAGUAACAGUAUUCUUUCAACUAUUUAUGUAUGUGUAAAGACUAGUUAAUAAAAAUUUGUUAUUAUUUUGGUA